AGCGCCGCCGCUUUUUUCGCCUUUUCCACCGAGAGAGAAGGGGAGAGAUAGAGAAUGGGGGAUAUGCGGAUUCAUCCACCCCCUAACAAACAACGACAACAAGCAAACAAAAACGGUGACUGCACCCAUGCGUAAUAUCGAAUUAAAUCGAGGAAAGAAAGACACACCGCCCGUCGUACCUCUUCACAUCAACAAUUAUAUCCCGGUUCACUGCAGACCCUUGCAGGAACGAACUCGCACCAGCUCCGCGCUACGGAGAGAGAGAGCUGUCUUCACUAGAUUCUUAGAUACACCUUAGUUUCUUUUUCCGUGUCCUUGUUACAGCAUUUUGUUUUUCUUUCGUGCGAGUAAUUAUUUCUAGAUUGGAGUUCUGCGCCUUUUCUUUCUUUCUUGGCCCUAUAGAAUUGUUCUACUUUCAGCGGUGCGGCGCCCAUGCGUCGUGUAAUACGUGAGCCGCAGGAGCUGCAGGAGGAGGAGGAGUCACCUGCGGAGGCACCCUAUACAACGCCGCGUACAUCGCAGACGGUGCAGCGGCGGCCACUCGGCGAUGCCGAACACGUUGAUCGUGUGCCAGCACCACAGCGUCCCUCGCUCUCCGCCACACGGACAACCCGUCUUUCCACGGGCGAAGGCAACUUCAACGAUGUAGCCGCGGUAGCGGCGGCACCACGUCGAGUGUCUGGCCCUCCGUCUUUCUGUACAGCGACGAGCCUCUAUCGCAGCCACCUUCCCACCAAUAGCUGCCACGGCAUCCACAACGCCGAUUACGUAGAGGGUGCUCCGGCUUCGACGCCAACGCAUCUCGCGUCGUCGUCGCCUACCGGAGGAAAAGACUUGACAACGCCGCCACGACGACCAUCCCGCAUCGUGCCAUCGCCCACAGCGUAUCACAUCCUGGAAAACACAUCGCAGACGCCGGCGAGCAAGGUAUAUCCCACGCCGCCGUGGUGGCAACGAUGCGCAGAGGGCGUUGGAGAGGCGGAGGAAAGACCAGAGGUGCGUCACGGAAACGUAGUCGGUCCGGCGGCGCCGCAUCAGAGAAGUGACGCCCCUUUGCUACGCGUAACACACCACCGCAACAGCUGUCGGGAUGAGAACCCACACAUGAACACCGAUCGAGACGAUGACUAUGAAGACGAGAAUGAUGCGCGCAGACUUUCCACGGCGCCCCCACCACCACCACCGCCCCGGUCACGUACUCGCAGUGUCACUUCCCACCGCUUAUCUCGCACUGUCUCUCCGUCGUCCGCACAGUCGGCCGCAGACGACGACUCCCCUCUCCGCUUUGUCGAUCCAGCGGCGUACGGCCCACCCCAACACACAUCACACUUGCCGAAGUGCACUGCUCAAAACGGUGCGGGCGAGCUGCAAAGCGCGGAGGCCCGACAACGACAUCAACCAGCACCGUCGCCUGGGACGUCUCGGCUGCAUCGACAGUCAUCGCAGCAGGACGCAGAGGCGACGUUUUUCUUUCACAGGGACGCAAGCACAGCCUCCACCUCCUCCGCUGCGAUGAGCACGGCGACAUCGGCAGCCGCGACAUCAUCCGCAGCACCAACGCAGACGCAGCGGCUGCGCAUCUUCAGAGAGAGCGCGGCGCACCCGUCUGGGUUUCCAGUGCCACUGCGCGGAGCAGGUACGGCGGCUCCUCGCACCCUGUACAACGGCCUAGCUCUUCUCCCCGCCACCGUUGCGGAUCGUCAGGCGGCCACCCGCGCCGCGACGAGCGGGCACGCCGCAGUCCUAUACGGCACCGGUAAUCAUCCGUCCACCUACGACGUUCAAAAAUACCGCCACGCGGUCGCAGCGGUGACCGGUGUUGACCCCGCCCGUCUGCGCGCCGGCGUGUUAAGCCAGUGCUACAUGCGUGUGCAUAGUGGGUGGACGGAGGUGGCAGACGAGGGCGGCGGUGAGGCGGGGACGCGGCUGCAGCACACCACGACCCGACUGCGGUUGGGCCUACGCGGCGGUGGGGCACCGCAGAGGGCGGAGCUGCAGGAUCCAAUCUCAGGGCUGCAGCGGAAACCGAAUGAGGUGUCCGCCGCCUACCUGACGAAGUCAAUACAGGAAGAGAAGCGUGUUGUGGGGCGUGUGAACGACAAAAGCGGUGAUAAUCGAAGCGCAUCGACGAGCAGCUCCGUGGCAUACGUUGAUGAUGGCGGCGACCAUCCUCACCACUGUCCUCCUCCGCGCCCUCGUGCGGAGACGGCACCAGGAGAAGGUCUGAACAAGCUCGCGUUGGAGAGGCGCACCCGGGCCAACGCGCGACCUUCACUCCUACGCCCGACGCACGCCGCGACCGGUAUGCUUCUCACGCCGGACGAGAAACGGUUGUACUGGGCGGAGCACGCACCGCUGCAUCACGCUGCCGUGCGCGGCCUGAACGCGCUGCUGCAGGGCGUUGGGGAGGCGGAGUCGGCUUACGACGCCGCGUCGGUCAGCACAGGCGAGCAAAACACGUUUACGGGAGCCGCGUCAGCGUGUGGCAAAGGUGGGCGGCACACGUACGUGGCGGCCGGCCGCGAUGCCCGUCCAUUUCACAAGGAUCGAUACUUUAUACCACCAGAACUCGAUCCUCCACAUCACAGUUCCACGACCGCGAUAAAACGUGUUGCCAACUACAGUGAUGCACAAAGCUUGAUGCAUGCCUCUUCACGGCCACAGCAGCGUAUGGAGGAGAGAACAAGCCGUCCGCUCCCCCACGCGGAUGUGGAUCGCGCUCGAGCGCAGCUGCUAGACGCGCUGCGGCAACGGCGGGGCCGGGAGAGCACGCUCAUGACCUCCUCCAUCCUUCCUGCGUCGUACCGUCGCCAUUCGCGUUCUCCCGUGCGUGGCGUGCGAGACGAAGAAGAAUGUGCGGACGUCGUUGCGACGACGGAGCACGAAAACGAUGUCUACUACGGUGCUGCCACGCGGAGAGACGGGGUCGAAAGUUCUUUUGAUGUGGCAGACGACCCUGUUGGUGAGAGGACGAUGGGCUUGGUGGACUCCUACGCGGUACACGACGCAUCUGGUUCUUCGUUGAUGGCGGAGGGAACCGUUUUAUCGGAGGCGCGAAAGGGUCGCCGUAAUGGUGUGUGGAGCGCACCGAGCCGUACGGGCGAUGACCGGCACAUCCCAAAGAGAGAGGCGUCUGCGUGCCCUGCGGCUGGUGUCCCUUCUCGCCCGAUAGCUGCGGGAGACGCGUCACGCCCAUCGCCGCCGCACCACACCGCCGCCUUCCUUUUCCCACCCAUGAUGACCCCGCUGCUGCACGAAGUCGACGAGUGCUUGCGCUUUCACGGGUUACCUGUGGUGGGGGACAUGUGGCAGUGGAACGUGACGGAACAGAUGGCGCUGCUGCGCUCCGCCGGGUUCAGUGCUGAGGAGUGCCAAACGAUUGCGUGGGAGCUUGAGCGCAUGAUUCGAGCCACGUCGACGACGUGCCCGGUGGCGGUGUAG